AGUUUGUCAGCAGCAGUUAAUGAGCGUUCAAUUGGCAAUAAGCAGCGGUCAGUUUGACAUUGUUUUUGGAAAUCGCGAGUGAAACAUAAAUUUUGAAGCAAUAAUUUGCAUUAUUCAGACGCAUAUGUGUAUAUAGACAAAUAUAUUCAAGUGAUUUGUAAAGUUAUAUAAAAAUUGGUGUUGAAGUCGUUGUGGGUGAUUUUUUUUAUUUUUAAUUUUUGAGUGUUCGUUUUUUAACUAAAAAUUUUUAAAUAAAAAAAAUUUGAAAUAUGAAAUUCCGCUGCAAUUUGUUAUUGUUGUUAUUGUUAUUAUUCUACAUUUCGAGUGUUAAUGCGGCGAAUGUGAUUAAUUGUCGGCAUUUAGAAGCGGUUAAGCGUGUAAAACGACAAACAGCCGAACAACAACAAUACCAACAAACGCAAAGGCAUGUGCACCAACAGCAUUCAACUCAAUCAUCCUCCAUCUAUCAGCCAAAUGUCAGGUUUUUUAACGCACAUCCAGCGCAGCAAGUGCAACAACUGCAAGUCCAGAGUGGAACUCAGCAACGCGUUGUGUUUACAAUGCGGCAGCAACAGCAAUCAGCAGCGCAACAACAACAGCAACAAUUUCCAUACCAACAACAACAACAUACGUCCGCAGUAGCAUCGCAGCAAUAUACGAAUAAUCAGCAAUAUUUCCUAGGUAACGGUUAUCAACAGCGGCAACAACAACAACAGCAAGUGUACAAUGUCACACAUUUGCCGCGUAUCAGCCAACAGCCACAGCAGCAGCAACAGCAAUUUCGUACGCAGCAACCACAGCAGUUCCACCAAUCACAACAACAACAACACUUACAAUUCUACAAGCCACAAACAACAACAGUAACACAGGGAAAUACACAGUACUCGAACCAACAACCCAUCUCAUACCAGCCUCAACCACCGUCACAGCCACCACAGGGAACCACACCGCUACCCAACCAAGGCAACGCCGGCAUAACUCCAAUUUUCGCGCCACUACUGCCCUCAUAUUUCAAUGAAGAUGAAGAUGACAUGUCGCUCAAAUACCCGCCAUCAUGCGAAAUGUGUUGCAUUCCAGAUCAAAAGCCAUGCGAAAACUGUUGCGAUACAAAUCCACUUUUGAGUGCCGCCGUUUUGAAGUCAUCAACGGGUUAAAGGAUAUUGAAUUGGCAUUUAAAAUUUUCUUUAGCUAUUUGUUAAGUUAGUGUUAAGUAUAAAGGCCGCAAGGGGUUAAAAAGGUGUAAAUUUAAGCUCGACGAAAGCUCUUAUUGAAUUUAGAAAAUAAUAAAGGUGAACAUAAUUUGUUGUUAACUUC